AUGCAUCACCCACGACCAUCCGCUGCGAUCAUCUUGUGUGAAAUACACCACCGUACGAUCGGCGGCUAUGUCUCUACCUGCGCUGCCGCUCGUCUGACCGAUCGACUCGCCCGCCAAUUCGCACACUCGCCCCGGCUGCCUCUCGCGUUCGCGCACCACACGACUCGCUCCGCCGCAACCGACCGACCACGCCCACUCCGCACCUCCGCACCGCCCGCCCGCCCAUCCCACGCGCGACCCACCCACCGCACCCGCACUCACUCACUCACUCGCUACUCCUACUGCAACGAACCACACCCUCAACAGGCCCAAGAUCUACAAGCCCGGAAAAGUUGCAUUGGUCUUGUCGGGGCGCUACGCCGGCCGCAAGGUCGUCGUCAUCCGCCAGUCGGACGAAGGCACCAAGGAGCGACCUUACCCCCACGCCAUCGUCGCCGGUGUCGACCGUUACCCUCGCAAGGUCACAAAGAGGAUGGGCAAGAAGUCGAUCGAGAAGCGAUCCAAGGUCAAGCCCUUCAUCAAGUCGAUCAACUACUCGCACUUGCUCCCGACCCGUUACGCGCUCGAGCUCGAGGGGCUGAAGGGCGUCGUCGCGCCCGAGACGUUCAAGGAGGUGUCCGGCCGAGAGGAUUCCAAGAAGCAGAUCAAGAAGUUGUUCGAGGAGAGGUACCUCGCUGGCAAGAACAGGUGUGUGCUCUCUCUCCCUUGGCGUCGCCACCUCUCGUCACUUGACCCGUUGGGCUGA